AUGUAUGAUUAUCAAGCUCAAACCAGUCUCCCACCGAUUCGUGCACGCCAACAGCGGCCAUCCGGCGUUCAAGUUCAACAAUUAUAUGAGAGCAGCCCUGUUCUAGCGACAAUUUCACAUCAUCCAUCGAAUACACAAUAUACAUCACAUAAAAUACAAAAUACUGAUUCUGCUGCCACCAUGAAUGGCAAUGCUACAAUAAUAAAUACUAAUACUAAUAAUAACAACAACAACAACAACAACAACAAUAAUAAUAAUAAUAAUGGAACAACGAAUGGUUACACUAAUAAUCAUCAUACUCGUCAUAAUAGUAUUUCACAACCACCUGCUCUUCAGCAAACUUCUGAACAUUCGUUACGUAAAAGUCCAAGUGCUGAUAGUAUGCUAAGUAUACAUUCAUCAUCACAACAACGGCGAACGAAUGCUCUCGAUCCAGAUACUGCCAUGAAAACUUACAUGUCGAAAUUGACAGCUUAUGAACGUCACGAAAUAUUUUCCUAUCCACAAAUUUAUUUCGUUGGACAAAAUGCACGUAAACGGCAAGGAGUAGGCGGCGGACCCAAUAAUGGUAAUUAUGAUGAUGAAAAUGGUUCCUAUAUUGCUAUUCAACAUGAUCACAUUGGAUUUCGUUAUGAAGUGCUGAAAAUUCUUGGCAAAGGGUCAUUUGGUCUUGUCGUUAAAUGUUACGAUCAUAAAAAUGGUCAACAAGUUGCAUUAAAAAUAAUUCGUAAUGAAAAACGUUUUCAUCGACAAGCUCAAGAAGAAAUUCGUAUAUUAGAACAUUUACGUAAACAAGACCGUGAUAAUACAUUUAAUAUAAUUCAUCUUUUUGAAUGGUUUCAAUUUCGUAAUCAUAUUUGUAUUACAUUCGAAUUACUAUCUAUGAAUUUAUAUGAAUUGAUUAAGAAAAAUCGCUUUCAAGGCUUCAGCCUACAACUAGUACGAAAAUUUGCACAUAGUAUACUACAAUGCCUUGAUGCCCUAUAUCGAAAUAAAAUUAUACAUUGUGAUCUCAAACCAGAAAAUAUAUUAUUGAAACAGCAAGGUAGAAGUGGAAUCAAAGUGAUUGAUUUUGGUUCAAGUUGUUUUGAGCAUCAACGUGUCUAUACAUAUAUUCAAUCGAGAUUUUAUAGAGCACCUGAAGUUAUACUCGGAGCUAAAUAUGGAUUAUCAAUUGAUAUGUGGAGUCUGGGAUGUAUUUUGAGUGAAUUAUUAACUGGAAUGCCUCUAUUUCCUGGCGAAGAUGAAGCUGACCAAUUGAGUUGCAUCAUUGAAGUAAUCGGAAUACCUAGUCAAAAAGUACUCGAUGCUUCAAAGCGAGCAAGAAAUUUUAUUAGUUCGAAAGGACAUCCACGAUAUUGUACAGUAGCAACAUUACCUGAUGGAACCAGUGUUUUACAAGGCGGUCGUUCUAAACGUGGAAAACUUCGUGGACCACCGGCUACUAGAGAUUUGACACAAGCUCUGAAGAAUUGUGAUGACCCAUUAUUUAUUGAUUUUCUUAAACGCUGUCUAGAAUGGGAUCCACAAAUUAGAUUAACACCAGCACAAGCCCUACGACAUUCUUGGCUUCGUCGUCGUCUACCAAAGCCUCCAUCUGAAGCUCCACCAGCAAAUCGCCCAUCAGCUGUACUUCGCCAUCAUCAUUUAGUUACCGUCCAACAACAACAACAACAACAACAGAAUACGUCCAAUGGUGAUGCGAGUGUAGCUGGUGGUAGAGUGAAUAGUGGCGUAGGCGGAAAUAAUGGUAUUUAUUCAACGCAUCAUCAACAACAACAACCGUUGUUUAAUGCAACUAAUAAUACUAACUCGAAAACUUUCUCUUCCACAAAUGAGCUCAAUCGACACCAAAAGUUACCACAUAUUGGUGGUGUCCAACUUAAUUCCAUUCUCGACUAA